AUGGAUAGGAUUUGUGCUAAAAAGGCAAUACAAUCUUCUAGAUUCUCUUGCGUAGGGUUUCCUUUAGCAUACAUAUUUCUAGCUUGUAAGAAGAAGAGUAUGGCUUUGGAGUUGAAGAGCUCCGACAAUAAAAUUUUCGAGGUUGAAGAGCUUGUGGCUGUGCAGUCUGAAACCAUCAAGAGCUUGGUUGAGGAUGGAUGCGCCGACAACGUUAUUCCACUGCCAAACGUGGAUAGCAAAACCCUAGAGUUGGUGCUAGACUGGUGCAAGAACCAUGUGGACAUGAAACUCGACGAGGAAAAACUGAAGGAAUACGAGGGCAAAUUUAUUGAGGUUGAUCAGGCAGUUCUCUAUGAUCUUCUCUUGGCUGCAAACUAUCUCAAUAUCAAGGACUUGCUGAACCGAGCGUGUCAGAAAGUUGCGGACAUGCUUAAAGGAAAAACACCCGAGCAAAUUCGAGAGACGUUGAACAUCGUGAAUGAUUUUAGUCCAGAAGAAGAGGAAGAAAUCCGAAAGGAGAACCUCUGGGCCUUUGAAGAGUGAUUGUUUUUUCUGUUUUUGAUGUUUACUUGAUUAGUAGU